AUGUCAGACGAAUUGGAUGACAACAAAGUUCUAGUGCUGUCGUGGGUGCUAAAAAAGUCCGUGAAAACACAUCAGUGGAAGAAGCGAUGGGCUGUCCUUCGGAACUGUCAAUUUUCUUACUACAAAAGCUCGUCAGAACAUAAACCCAGUGCUGUGAUCAACAAGACCAACUUACUCCUGUUUGCGGCCAUUCCAGGCGGCCAUGCCUAUCACUUUGCAAUUUACUGCAGCAAAAAGACCUAUCAUUUACGUGUGGAAUCACAGGAACUCUUUGAUAAGUGGAUUUCGGCAUUGACAAUCGUGAUUCAGCCAGAGCACCAGGAGGAUUCCGCUGACGAAGCCGCGGAUAUUUCACCGGAGAAUUCCGCAUAUUCGGCACCAAAUUUGCAAGAUCUUUCUACUGCUAAAGAGAGCAGAGAGUUCUUGGUGGAGGAGGGCCCCCUACUAGUCUACAAGAGCCUGUACAGUCAGUGGAAGAAGUAUUACGUGAUAGUCACAAACAAGAACCUAUACAUGUGCAAAUCCGAGGACAAAACACAACAACCGGAGAAGGUGAUCCCAAUGGAGAGGUUUUUGGAUGUGGUGGAAGUGGAUGCUACCAAGGGUAAGAAGUGGUGUCUCAUGCUCAUAGAAACCAAAACCACGCGGUAUUUGAGUGCUUCAACCGAGCAGAAUAUGACGGCAUUUCUCCUGGCGCUUAAGGCUGUGAUCAUGCAGCAAAGGGGACAGCAUUAG